AUGGUUAGGGAUGUCACUUUACCUAGCUUGAUAAGAGCCAAAAGAGGAUUCAAACACUUCCCCGCUGAAAAUGUCCUUGGAAGAAUUGAGGCUCACCAUAAUCAAUCGAAGAGAGUCAAGAUUAACCAAGAUAUAGCCGAGCUUCAAGAACAAGCGGCCAAGAACAAUGGGUUGGCACUUCAAGCUAAUUCAAAAGGCAAAGAAAAGGCAAACCAAUCCUCAAAGAAUGAAGGCACUAGUAAUGAUGAUGAUGAGCUUGAUGAUGAGCAAAUGGCCUUCUUUAUCAAGAACUUCACAAGAGUGUUGAAGAAAAGCAACUUUAGAAACUUUGACAAAAAUAAGAAGUAUGAGCUAAGAAGAAGAUCUAAUAGGCUGUGCUUUGGGUGUAACAAAGUUGGUCAUUUCAUUGCGGACUGUCCGGAAAAGAAGAAGAAAAACAAAGACACCAAAGAAAGCACAUCCAAGAAAGAUAGAUCAAGAUAUAAGAAGCAAGCCGGAGAAGCUCAUCUUGGUCAAGAAUGGGAUUCACAACAAGAAAGUGAGUCCGAGAAGGAGGAUAUUGCAACAAUGGCAUUCAAGGCAUCAUCUCCACUUCCUACAAGCUUAUUUGAAGAUCUUACUAACGAUGAGGAUGAAGAUCCUAUCAUGUGCUUCAUGGCUAAAAAUUCCAAGGUAACAUCUCCAAACUCAUCGGAUGAUGAAAUAGAUAAUGAAGUAGUAACUACCAAGUUAGUCAAGAAAUAUGGAAAAGGAGCCGCAACUAAGAUGAUGGAAUUAGUAAUGAAACUAGAUGAAGCGGAUGAGACUCUUGAAACAUAA